CGAGCCGGUCGGUUUGCUCAGUUCCUGCGGAGAGGAAGCGCCUCUGGAUCCUUAGCGGACCCCCUGCGGCAGCAGGGCUGCGUGUGCAGACACAGAAGGUCAUGUACAGACACUGAUUGUUGUUGGAGGUGUAACGAUGGUGCUCAGUCGAGCUGGGGAUUCCUGACUGCUGGGGGUCACGGAUCUGCUGAGGAGAUGAAUGGUCAAACACGACGCGACUCGGGGAAAAGUCGAAGGACCCACUGAGCGAGGAUGGUGUCGGUGCCAGUCUGACAAUCAGCAGUGUGUGUUGAGCGCUGCGGUUCAGGAUGAAUAGGAAGAAAGGAGACAAAGGAUUUGAGAGCCCAAGACCAUAUAAAUUAACUCACCAGGUAGUUUGUAUCAACAACAUAAAUUUUCAGAGAAAGUCUGUUGUAGGUUAUGUGGAGCUGACAAUAUUUCCCACGGUUGCAAACCUGAACAGAAUCAAGCUGAACAGCAAACAGUGCCGGAUUUACAGGGUCAGAGUCAACGAUUUAGAAGCAGCUUUCAUCUAUAAUGAUCCAACGCUGGAAGUUUGUCACCAUGAGUCAAAACAGAAUCUCAACUAUUUUUCCAAUGCCUAUGCUGCUGCAGUCAGUGCUGUGGACCCAGAUGCUGGAAAUGGAGAACUCUGCAUUAAGGUUCCCUCGGAGCUGUGGAAACAUGUUGAUGAGUUAAAAGUGCUGAAGGUGCAUAUAAACUUUUCUCUGGACCAGCCGAAGGGAGGCCUUCAUUUUGUGGUACCCAACAUGGAGGGCAACAUGGCAGAAAGAGGGGCUCAUGUCUUUUCAUGUGGUUAUCAGAACUCUACAAGAUUUUGGUUUCCUUGUGUUGAUUCAUAUUCUGAGUUGUGUACCUGGAAGCUUGAAUAUACUGUAGAUGCUGCAAUGGUGGCUGUUUCAAACGGAGAUUUGGUGGAAACUGUGUACACCCACGAUAUGAGAAAGAAGACUUUUCAUUACAUGCUGACUAUUCCAACUGCAGCUUCUAACAUCUCCUUGGCAAUAGGACCUUUUGAAAUCCUUGUUGAUCCAUACAUGCAUGAGGUGACUCACUUUUGCUUACCACAACUUCUCCCGUUGCUCAAACACACCACAUCAUACCUUCAUGAGGUGUUUGAAUUUUAUGAGGAGAUUCUUACCUGCCGCUACCCAUACUCCUGUUUCAAGACUGUUUUCAUAGACGAAGCUUAUGUUGAAGUAGCUGCUUAUGCAUCCAUGAGUAUUUUCAGCACAAAUCUCUUGCACAGCGCAAUGAUUAUAGAUGAAACUCCACUGACAAGGAGGUGCUUAGCACAGGCCCUGGCCCAGCAGUUCUUUGGAUGUUUCAUAUCCAGAAUGUCCUGGUCAGAUGAAUGGGUGCUAAAGGGAAUUUCUGGUUACAUUUAUGGCCUUUGGAUGAAAAAAACCUUUGGUGUUAAUGAGUAUCGCCACUGGAUUAAACAGGAGUUAGAUCAAAUAGUGGCAUACGAACUGAAGACUGGUGGAGUUUUACUGCAUCCAAUAUUCGGAGGAGGAAAAGAGAAAGACAACCCUGCGUCACAUUUACAUUUUUCUAUCAAACACCCUCAUACACUGUCCUGGGAGUAUUACACCAUGUUCCAGUGUAAAGCACAUCUUGUUAUGAGACUGAUUGAGAACAGAAUUAGCAUGGAGUUCAUGUUACAGGUUUUCAACAAGUUGUUGAGUCUGGCCAGCACUGCUUCAUCUCAGAAGUUCCAGUCACACAUGUGGAGUCAGAUGUUGGUUUCCACAUCUGGGUUUUUGAAAUCUAUCUCAAAUGUCUCAGGAAAAGACAUCCAACCUUUAAUAAAGCAGUGGGUGGAUCAGAGUGGAGUGGUAAAAUUUUAUGGCAGCUUUGCAUUUAAUAGAAAACGGAAUGUAUUGGAAUUGGAAAUAAAACAAGACUAUACAUCUCCUGGGACUCAGAAAUACGUGGGUCCACUCAAAGUGACAGUGCAAGAACUUGAUGGCUCGUUCAACCAUACAUUGCAGAUUGAAGAAAACAGUCUUAAACAUGAUAUACCUUGCCAUUCUAAAAGCAGAAGAAAUAAGAAGAAAAAGAUUCCAUUGAUGAAUGGAGAAGAGGUGGACAUGGACCUUUCUGCUAUGGAUGCUGAUUCCCCCUUGCUCUGGAUAAGAAUAGACCCCGAUAUGUCAGUACUGAGGAAGGUAGAAUUUGAGCAGUCAGAUUUCAUGUGGCAGUAUCAGCUUCGAUAUGAGAGAGAUGUGGUUGCACAAGAAGAAGCCAUUCUGGCAUUGGAAAAGUUCCCUACUCCAGCCUCUCGUCUUGCACUGACCGAUAUCCUAGAACAGGAACAGUGUUUCUACCGGGUGAGAAUGAUGGCCUGCUUCUGCCUUGCAAAGAUUGCAAAUUCCAUGGUAAGUACGUGGACAGGACCACCAGCCAUGAAGUCACUCUUUACCCGAAUGUUUUGUUGUAAGACUUGUCCAAACAUUGUGAAGACCAACAACUUCAUGAACUUUCAAAGCUACUUUCUGCAAAAGACUAUGCCUGUUGCCAUGGCCCUUCUGAGGGAUGUUCACAAUCUCUGUCCUAAGGAGGUUUUAAUGUUUAUUUUGGAUUUGAUCAAGUAUAAUGAUAACAGGAAGAAUAAGUUUUCAGACAACUACUACCGUGCCGAGCUCAUUGAUGCCCUAGCCAACUCUGUGACUCCUGCAGUCAGUGUGAACAACGAAGUUCGAACGUUGGAUAACUUAAAUCCUGAUGUACGACUUAUUCUUGAGGAAAUUACCCGUUUCCUAAAUAUGGAGAAGCUUCUUCCCAGUUACAGGCAUACCAUUACAGUCAGCUGUUUAAAAGCUAUCCGAGUGCUUCAGAAGAACGGUCACGUCCCAAGUGACCCUGCUCUCUUCAAGUCGUAUGCAGAAUACGGGCACUUCGUCGAUGUCCGAAUAGCAGCACUGGAGGCUGUUGUUGAUUACACAAAAGUUGAUAGGAGCUAUGAAGAAUUACAGUGGCUGCUUACUAUGGUUCAGAAUGAUCCUGUACCCUACAUAAGGCAUAAGAUUUUGGAUAUGCUGACUAAGAAUCCACCUUUUACCAAGAACAUGGAGUCCCCUUUAUGUAAUGAAGCUUUGGUAGAUCAACUUUGGAAACUGAUGAAUUCAGGAACUUCACAUGACUGGAGAUUACGAUGUGGUGCUGUGGACCUCUAUUUCACACUUUUUGGCCUCAGCAGACCUUCUUGUUUACCGUUACCAGAGCUUGGGCUUGUUCUUAAUCUGAAGGAAAAGAAGGCUGUACUUAAUCCAACGAUUAUCCCUGAAUCAGUUGCAAAUAAUCAGGAACCUGUGAAUAGUACUAACAAUCAUGGACAGUCAGUAGGAUUUCAGAACACCGAGGAUGAUCAUCUUAUUAAGGAAACAGCAUCCAGCAUUUCUGGUCAUCAGCAGGGGGUGAAGAGGAAGGCUGAUAUGCCACUCGGGUCUCCAUUGGAGCCAGGGCAAAUACUAGAGAAGAAUGAAGACAGUAAAGUCAAACUCAAAAUCAGAUUCUCAAACUCUCAAGAGGAGGAGGAAAUUGAUAUGGACACAGUUCAUGACAGCCAAGCCUUUAUUUACCAUCAUUUGAAUAUGCUGGAGAGACCAUCCACACCAGGUAAAGAACAAUCUUCGGGAGAGAUAAACAUGCACCCUGUCUCAGCAGCUCCACUCUCUGUGUUUAGUAAAGAAUCAAACUCCUCAAAACACAGCGAUCACCACCACCAUCACCACCAUGAGCACAAGAAAAAGAAGAAGAAACACAAGCAUAAGCAUAAGCAUAAACAUAAACAUGAUACUAAAGAAAAGGAGAAGGAUCCCUUUGCUUUCUCUAACAGUCCAGCCAGUGCACGAUCAGUCCGUUCCCCGUCACUUUCAGACUGAUAUCGGUGGCUUCUCUGGAGUUCAACUUGCAAUAUUCUUGGAGUACUUAGAAGGAUGUAUAUAACUAUAGCUUCUAUCUUUUUUUAUGGAACUAAGAAUAAGUGAAUUGCCUUAGCAAUUCAGAACCUCUGCCACCUUUGAAGCCUUCUAUUUGCAUAUGUGGUUGUUGAAAUCUGAUUCAAAAAAUAUGGUUUAUGAUUCUGACUCAUUUUGUAUUUCACUGUUCUCCACACCUCCCACUCUUUUUUCCAUUUUAAACAAAGAAAAUGGCUCUUUAUGUAAGGGCCCCAUGUCCACUGGCAACCCCCUGCACAUCACGCUGACCAUGUGUAUUGCCAGAAUCAAUUAUGGUUUAAUCCUUUGAAGAAUGUUAGAGGCAGAGUAUGUUUUAAGCCGAAGCCAAUUGCCAGGCCUUUGGUGACGGGCUGUUUCCAGAGCAGUAUUGUAUGACCUCCUCAGAAGACAGGGAUUUUCUGUAGUCUUCAGCUGAGCUGUUUCUUGCUUUAACCAUUGCAAAGUAAUGUCAGACUUUUAAAAGAACAGUAUAUAUAACAUUUGCAUUUUUCAGAUUAAUAAAACUCUUGAAAAAUCCCAAGCUGCUUUUAAGCUGAUGGUAUUUAUUAUGGACAUGAGCCUUUGAAUAUGAUGAAGUUCUGCAAUUGUUUUUGGAAUUUUAGCAAAAUGCAUAAUGCAUGUUUUGUCCUGUAAUCAGGCUUUUAAAAACCCAAUAAAGUUUACAAAUUAUUUUCACAGA